AUGCCUCAUUUUAUUUCCACUCCUCCGCCUGGCCCCAGUGCUAACCCAUAUGCUCAGAUGCCUUCUCAGACACCCACUCCUCAGCCAGGGCAGGUGCACACUGGAAUUCCUAGUCUACCGCAUGGCCGAUAUAUCUCUUUUUUGGGAAUCUAUCAAAAUAUUGCUAACCCAUAUGCUCAGAUGCCUUCUCAGACACCCACUCCUCAGCCAGGGCAGGUGCACACUGGAAUUCCUAGUUUACCUCCAAAUAUCCUCGCAUUAUUACAACAGUCGCAGGGUCAGCAUGGUCAAGGCAGUGCCCCCCAACAAAUGCAAUCACAAUAUGGAAUGCCUCCUCUGCCACCUCAAUCAAUGAUGUCCCCACCUAUGAAGCCCGACAACUUUGUCCCACCAACUGCUAACAAAGAUAGGAAGACGCCAGAAUCGGCACCUGCUGCUCUAUCCAUCCAUCCGCAACCAACUUCGAAGGCUAUCAAACCUGCUCAGUUCCAUUCUACCUUUGGACAUGUCUCGCGAUGUGAUUCGGCCGUCACCGUAAUCGACUCGCUAAGUUCGCGGUCCAGUGCUUUCUCAUCUACUAUAACACCAGACACCUCUGCCUCAUCCAUACCAUCACGAGAUCAUAUCCCUUCCACAGGCAUGCGCGUUCAUGGCAAAGAUAUUUCUCCUCCCAUCACAGUCCUCCACUCCAAUGACCUCAAUUCCGCGUUGGAAUGCUUAUCCCUCUCCAACUGUUUUGGGGGUGGGGGGGUUCUCAGUCGGUUGUGGGCCAAGCACGAGCAGGAGGGCGGUGAAGUCUGGGGUGUCGAUAUAGAGGUGAAGUUCACUAGUUCUGCUACCAACUUCAAGAUUCUCGACCCACUAGCCGCAAAACAGUGGGCCAUCAAGCUCGCAACAGAAGCCGCUGUAUCGGUACUCAGCGUCGACAGCAUCAUCAUGAGCAAACCCGCAGGAAGAAACCCGACACACACCUACUCCAUCCUUCGAUACCUUUCGCCGACUCGCACCCUAAGAAACCGCUUGCACGCAGCAUCAUCCAAGCUCCUCUUCUCGUUCGUGGUAUUAGCAAAAGACCAGACACAGUUUACUCACCUAUUGGUCGAUCCUGAUCUCUUUCGUUGCUUGGUGUCCCUGAACAUCUACACAUAG